AUGCGUAUCUCUUUCUUUCUCUCUCUCUCUCUCCCUCUCAUUCUCUCGUGGCACUUUCUCUUUCUUAUGUCUCUUUAUUUUCUCGGUUAUCUCUUCACUAUCUCUUCUUCGUUCAUUGAUGUUAUGAAUGUGUAUGUGUUUAUGUCUUUCUCUCUCUAUCUCUUUUCUCUCCUUUUUUGUAUCUUCCUUUGCAAUGCCUUUUCUCUUCUAUACCUUACGAUUUCCUUUCUUUUUAAGUAA